AUGGCUGUACCUCCUGCCUAUUUACAAAUCCUGGACGAUCUUAAUCGUGAAGUCGCUCAGGCCCAACCGAAAGAUGUCCACCAAUUUUGUGCUAACUAUUUUAAUAGGAAACUCGAAGAACAGAGGAGCCAAUUUUUACCAAAAGGAGAUGCCGAAUUAAAUCAUUAUAGCUUUAACACAUCAAUAAAUAACGGUACGAAUUCAUGGAAUUAUUAUUCAUCAAAGUCAUCUGGGGCAAGUACACCGACAACGGAUUAUUUACAUGAUAGUGAGGAGGAAAUGUAUGAUGAUGAGCCGAGUGAUCUCCCGGAAAUUCCAAUAAAUUACAAUAAUAGAGGACGGCGUACAUCGGUCAGCGCAGAAUCAAUGGCACCAAGUCAAGAUAAAGAUUAUAUAAAAGUUGUAAUUCCUAAGACUGAAGAACAACGACAACGAAUAGAAUCUUCGAUUGCCAAUAAUUUUCUAUUUAAGAAUCUUGACGAGGAACAGUAUAAAGAUGUCGUGGAUGCGAUGGUGGAAAAAAGAGUUGCAGACGGAGAAGAAAUUAUUAGGCAAGGUGGUAUCGGGGAUUAUUUUUAUGUUGUGGAGACGGGUUCAUUCAAUGUCUAUGUAUCAAAGAACGGUGCUCCGCCAGAACGGGUUAUGGAUUACGGUCCGGGUGGUAGUUUUGGAGAAUUAGCAUUAAUGUAUAAUGCACCACGCGCAGCAACAGUAGUUGCCACAUCAGAUUCUGUGCUUUGGGCGCUUGAUAGAGUAACAUUUAGACGUAUUCUCAUGGAAAAUACUUCACGUAAACGUAGAAUGUACGAAUCAUUUUUGGAGGAAGUUCCCCUUUUGGUUUCUUUGGAACCGUAUGAACGUCAUAAAAUCGCUGAUGCUUUAGAAUCUAUAUACUAUGAAGAUGAAGAUCUGGUGAUUAAGCAAGGAGACAUUGGUAAUAGUUUCUAUCUUAUUGAAUCUGGCGAAGCCAGUGUUACAAAGUUCGAUGAAGAUGGUGUAGAAUUUGAAUUACCUGGAUUGAAAAAAGGCGACUAUUUUGGAGAACUCGCUCUUCUUAAUAAUAAACCUCGUGCGGUAAAUAUUCGAGCAAAAGGUAGACUAAAGGUUGCAACCUUGGGCAAAAAAGCUUUUGUUCGUUUGUUAGGGCCUGUUGUCGAUAUUCUCAAACGUAACAGCGAUAAUUAUGAGACUAUUACCCGCAAUGUUCAACAAUAA